CCUAGACUCUUGUCCUGGCUCUGCCACUAACUGGCCGUGUGGCCUUGGGCAAGCACCUUGUCUUUUCAGUGUUUUAGUUUCCCUUUGAAUAAAAUGGGUAAGUGCCUUCUGACUGGCAGGCUCUUGUCCAGUUCUCCCCUCCUAUCCUCCAGCAGGCUCUCCGUGGAGGCCCGGACCCUUCUCCUCCCCAUGGGCAGCUGCCAGGCAGGGCACAACCUGCAUCUCUGUCUGGCCCACCACCCACCUCUGGUCUGUGCCACUUUGAUCCUGCUGCUUCUUGGCCUGUCAGGCCUGGGCCUUGGUGGCUUCCUCCUCACCCACAGCACUGGCUUGCGCAGCCCUGACAUCCCUCAGGACUGGGUCUCUUUUUUGAGAUCUUUUGGCCAGCUGACCCUGUGUCCCGUGAAUGGGACAGUCACAGGGAAGUGGCAUGGGCCUCAGGUCGUGGGCUUACUGACCACCUUGAACUUCGGAGAUGGUCCAGACAGGAACAAGACACAGACAUUCCAAACUAUGGUCCAGGGUAGUCACAUGGGAUUGAAAGGAUCUUCUGCAGAAGAGCGGGUCCUCAUUACUGCCAGAGUGACCACAGAAAGGACCCCAGGAACGUGCCUGUAUUUUAGUGCUGCUUCAGAAAUCCUGCCCUCCAGCCAGCCACCCCUCUCCUGCUCAGAGGAGGGAACAGGAAAUGCCACCUUGAGUCUUAGGACGACUGAGGAGUGUGUCAGCGUCUGGAGCCACGAAGGCCUUGUGCUCACCAAGCUGCUCACCUCGGAGGAGCUGGCUCUGUGUGGCUCCAGACUGCUUGUUUUGGGCUCCUUCCUGCUUCUCUUCUGUGGCCUUCUCUGCUGUCUCACUGCUGUGUGCUUCCACCCACGCCGGGAGUCCCACUGGUCUAGAACCCGGCUCUGAGGGCGCUGGCCUAGUUCCCAUCUUGUUCUCAGGAGAUAGCCACAGGAGAAGCAGAAACAGCCCAAGCCCAGGGAAAGGCUCUGGCCAGAGAAACUGGACGCUCAAGAUCCACAUUGCUAAUUUUGCUCAGGGCUAGGCUCCACCUACUUGGGAUAGGAGAUAGUGGAACCCUCAUAGCUUUUCUUAGAUCUGAGUGGACUGGGAAAUGAAGGCUUUCUGGCUCCUAGCAGAUCCUGGGGAUCUGAAGGGGCCCACCCAGUUGGGAUGAGUGCUUGUACCCAUCUGUAGUCACCACUUCCUCUGCUCCUUCCUCACU